CGCCGCCGCCUUCUUCUCUCUCUCUCUCGUCCUUCUUGCACGCCGCCGCCGAGCAGGAAAGAAAGAAGAGGAGGAAGGAGGAGGAAGCAGCGAUGGGCCACUCCAACGUGUGGAACUCGCACCCCAAGAACUACGGGCCCGGCUCUCGCGUCUGCCGGGUCUGUGCAAAUCCCCAUGGACUGAUCAGGAAGUAUGGGCUCAUGUGCUGCAGGCAGUGCUUCCGCAGCAAUGCCAAGGACAUUGGCUUCAUCAAGUACCGCUGAAGACAUGGCCUUGCUGCUGUCGUGGAGAACUUCACCUGCAUCAAAGAAGAAAUAGAUCCUUCAUUAGAAGGCUUAAUUUAUGUGCUUUAGCUUUUUGUUCAAGCUUUUUGUUCAGAUUUCAGACUGGUGUGCUUGUAAACUCAUCUUGUUAAAGUUCUGAUGGGAACCAUGUUGCUGUUGAACUAGCUAUAAUCAAAGAUUGAAGUAUUGUCACAUUUGAUAUCUUGUACUUGAUCUUAAUUGUAUUGAUGCCUUCCAAGCUA